GAGCGAGCCCGAGGUGGGAGGCGCACAAAUGGGCUCCGGGAGCCCCUCCCGAGUCCCAGCGCCCAGCGCCCAGCGCCCUGCGGGAGGGCUGAGCCGGGAUUCCAGGCGGGCAGGUGCGGAGGGGACCGCGGUCAAGGGUAGAAGCAAGUCCUGCGGGAAGAGAGGCGCUGCUGCUCCGGCUGCUGCCUAGGCGGUCGCCACCACCGAGCCGGCGUCCGGAGCGGGGCUGGCAGGCCGGGCGCCGAGCCGCGGGGAGCGAGGGGCGCGCUCAUGGAGCACACGCACGCCCACCUCGUAGCCAACAGCUCGCAGUCCUGGUCCCCCGGCUCGGCCUGCGGCUUGGGCUUCGUGCCCGUGGUCUACUACAGCCUCUUGCUGUGCCUCGGUUUACCAGCAAAUAUCCUAACCGUGAUCAUCCUCUCUCAGCUGGUGGCCAGGAGACAGAAGUCUUCGUACAACUAUCUCUUGGCACUUGCUGCUGCUGACAUCUUGGUCCUCUUUUUCAUUGUGUUCGUGGACUUCCUAUUGGAAGAUUUCAUCUUGAACAUGCAGAUGCCUCAGGUACCCGACAAGAUUGUAGAAGUGCUGGAAUUCUCAUCCAUCCACACUUCCAUCUGGAUUACUGUUCCAUUAACUAUUGACCGCUAUAUCGCAGUAUGCCACCCGCUCAAGUACCACACGCUCUCCUACCCAGCCCGCACCCGGAAAGUCAUCGUAAGCGUUUACGUCACCUGCUUCCUGACCAGUAUCCCCUACUACUGGUGGCCCAACCUCUGGACUGACGACUACAUCAGCACCUCCAUGCAUCAUGUCCUUAUCUGGAUUCACUGUUUCACUGUGUACUUGGUACCCUGUUCCAUCUUCUUCAUCUUGAACUCAAUCAUUGUGUACAAGCUCAGGAGGAAGAGCAAUUUUCGCCUCCGUGGCUACUCCACGGGGAAAACCACUGCCAUCUUGUUCACCAUCACCUCCAUCUUUGCCACCCUCUGGGCCCCACGCAUCAUCAUGAUCCUCUACCACCUUUACGGGGCACCCAUCCAGAACCGCUGGCUGGUGCACAUCAUGUCCGAUGUUGCCAACAUGCUGGCCCUUCUGAACACGGCCAUCAAUUUCUUCCUCUAUUGUUUCAUCAGCAAGCGGUUCCGCACCAUGGCAGCCGCUACACUCAAGGCCUUCUUCAAGUGCCAGAAGCAACCCGUUCAGUUCUACACCAACCAUAACUUUUCCAUAACAAGUAGCCCCUGGAUCUCACCGGCCAACUCACACUGUAUCAAGAUGCUGGUGUACCAGUAUGACAAAAAUGGAAAACCUAUAAAAGUAUCCCCAUGACCCCAUCGGUUUGGCACCUAGUGCCUCUGCAUAAUCCAUUUCCAGAUGGGAACGUGGCCCAUCCUGUGGCUGAAGAGCUCUCCUUAAGAGUGCUAACCUGACUUCCUGUCUCCACAGACUGAGCAACUUUCAGACUGGUAGAUGAGAAAAGAUGGAGGAGAAAAACAACAAAAGCUUGAAUCUUGUUUUCAUUUAUGCGUUUGUUUCCAUCAAGUCAUGUAGACGGCAAAAGUCUCUACCAGUUUGAAGAU